GCCUCGGCGCGCUUUGCUUCGCUCCCCAGUUUGUCCCUCGCGCGGUGCCGUCGGGUGCUGCGGCGGUGGGCGUGGGAAGAGAAAAGGAUACGGGGCCCUACCGGGCAGGACGGGACAGCAGAGCCGGUUGGUGGACUUCGUUACCGCUGGGAUGGACGCCUGGGUCCGCUUCAGCGCCCAAAGCCAGGCUCGGGAGCGCCUGUGCAGGGCUGCCCAGUAUGCCUGCUCCCUCCUUGGUCACGCACUGCAGAAACAUGGGGCAAGUCCUGAACUUCAGAAGCAAAUUCGGCAGUUGGAGGGUCACCUGAGCCUUGGACGAAAGCUUCUUCGCCUGGGUAACUCAGCAGAUGCCCUCGAGUCGGCCAAACGGGCUGUGCAUCUGUCAGAUGUCGUCCUUCGAUUCUGCAUCACUGUCAGCCAUCUCAAUCGAGCCUUGUACUUCGCCUGUGACAAUGUCUUGUGGGCUGGAAAGGCUGGGUUGGCACCCCUUGUGGACCAGGAGAAGUGGGCCCAGCGUUCAUUCAGGUAUUACUUAUUUGCCCUCAUCAUGAAUUUGAGCCGCGACGCCUAUGAGAUACGACUGCUGAUGGAGCAGGAGUCUUCAGCUUGUGGCCGUCGGCCGAAGGGGUCAGCAGGAGGGACCUUGGGAGGUAGUGAAGCUGGGGGUGCAGCAGGGGCUGGUGCCCCAGGAGGGAGUCUGCCCCAUCUGGCCUUGCAGCUUCAGCUCCGAGUUCUUCUCCUCGCCCGGGUUCUACGAGGCCAUCCCCCGCUCCUGCUUGAUGUGGUCAGAAAUACUUGUGACCUCUUCAUCCCACUGGACAAGCUGGGCCUAUGGCGUUGUGGCCCUGGAGUUGUGGGGCUCUGUGGUCUGGUGUCUUCCAUCCUCUCUAUCCUUACCCUGCUCUGUCCCUGGCUCCGGCUCAAGCCCUGAAGCCAAAAUUGUAGGGUGGAAGAGAGUCUAAUCUGAGAAUGGGGAGAGGUGGCUGGUUCUUUGUGUUGGUCCAUUGUCACCCUGACUUUGCUUUUAGUUAAAACUCAAAUUUGGAGACUUACAGAUGAAGAGUGACUCCGGAAGGGGAAAGGGCGGCCCUUGGGUUCAACAGGAUAAUUCUCUUCCUUUCUUACUGUGCGGGUUCUUUUUGUCUCUUGAGUCUCUUCUUACUGUUUUUAAAUUAAAUUCAUUUUUUUCAAUCAACAAAAACCCUCCUUCUCUCCCUCCCACUCGCCCCUGAGACAGAAAGAAAAACCAAACUCCUGUUCCAGACAUGUCUACUUGUCUUCUUUUUUCCUAGUUCCCUCUUUCUCAGAUUUCUUUCUGAGACUUCCUAACGCCUCCUCAUUCUCCAUCCCAGUUAUUCAGUCCUUAGCUGUAGCUCCCCUGAGGAAAGAAGAGAGACCCAGGAUUUUGACCCGUCAUGCCUUAGCCGUUUCCCUUUCAGCGCAGAAGAUGCUUGGGCAGAUGGAGAGUCUUUGGUUUCAUGUGGGAGAAUGGCCCAACGGUCUCUCCUCUCCACUCCUUUUCCCUUGGUGCCAUGUUUUCCUUUCCAUAGCAGUUUGGGUUUUCUCCUUCCUCUAUCAUUUUAUCUCCCACCUUCCCCUCGACUGUGUCUCAGCCCUUUUUACUUUUCUCCCAGGCCCACUGCCUCCUGUGAUGCUGUCUGUGUUCAGCAUCCUACUGUAAAUACUGUACAAAUGAAACUGUAAAUAGCUUUGGCCAAUGGCCCUGCUGGUUGGCCACCUCAAAGGGCAGCAAAUUAAAGGUGAGUUUUGCUCGUUG